AUGGCACCAACGACAGGACGAAAACGCGACAACCCUCUUGCCCAUAAUCACCGAGCAAUGUCACGAUAUGGUGAGCCGAUGCUCAUUGGUGGUACAUGGCCAAAUUGGCUGAAACUGGAAAGAUGGACUUUUCCAUGGAUCGGUCAAGAGCUGCUCGACUGGUGCAAGCCGGGCAACCAGAGUGUUGAGAUGAAAGCCCACAAGCGAGACAAGAGGUAUGAGAGAGGUUUCGCCCGAAGCGCUUUGGAGUUGAUACCAUUCCUUCGAGCGUCUCCACCGGAUCUAUCGCUUCCAUCAAUCACUCAUCUUAAUCAUUUGAAGAGCAGAGUGAACGAGGGGAAAGAA